AUGCUGGGCACCAACACCCCACAUGAUAAGGCCGAUGGCUCCCAAGACAGCCGUCACAAGAAGGGGCCAGAGACGGUGCUCGGGCUCACGGACGCCGUUGUUCCGGCGGGCAAGCCACAAGGUGAACUUAUCGGCAAUGGAACCAGCCCAGUAGCAGCCAAUGGCCGCGCCGACGAUGGGACCGGUGUAGAUGGUGCCGACAAGACCGGAAGACCAGUUGUAGGGAGCGUUGGCGAGAACAGGGCUGGCAGUUCCGUUAAGGACUUGGUACCAGCAGAGGUUGAUGCCGUAGAUGAAACCGGCCCAGAGGACGAUGGGGAAUUGGUAAAGGAUGAUACGAUGAGCGAACCAUUCGCCGCCCGACUUGGAAUAGGCUGUCCAAACCAUCAAGGGCACGGUAGCAAGGGUCGAAACGAGAUAAACACCGCGGCGGCCAUAUGUCAAGGCAAUGGGCUGCCAGAACAAGCAGCCGAAACCAAGCAGCAAGAAAGCGUAACCGGUACCCUCGACAAGUGUUGCAGUGGAGAUGCCGGUAUCCGCGGUGAUGUCGGCGAGAAUCGAGUAUUGGAGGGUCAUAGGAAGUCCAGUGCCGAAGGUGUAGACCACAACCAUGGCGAGAGCCAACAUCUUUCGGCCUCUGCUCCAGUUGAGAGGGUCCUCGGGAUCAUCGCUAGGACGGGGAACAAGCUGGAUUCCGUCCCGCAUCUUUGCGCCGGCAGGCGCCGCGCCGGAAACAUCGACGAGGUGGACGGUGCCGGGCACCACGGCCGUAUGCUGAGUAGCCAUCCUGAGUGGCUUACAAUCCAGGGCAUGUGA